AUGAAUACGGUGCCACAGCAAGUCCGAGUCGUCCAACUUUACAGGAAAAUUUUAAAAUUAGCGAAAAACUGGAAAGCUAGAGAAGAAGCGAACACCGCCUUUGAAAAACAGCAGAUUGUCUGUGAAGCUCGCCAGAUUUUCCGUGAGCACAAACAGGUAUUAAACUGGUGUGAACUUUGUUGUGAAAUUUUUUCUCAAGGAGACGGAUCCACUCGUCAUCGGAAAGCUCAUCUACCAGGCUGAACAGCGUCUCGUUCAGGCGGAGCAUUAUGGAAUCCCACACGCAAGACCCGAAUACCUUCCUCCUGACACCGCUUUUAGCGUCCGCCUUCAAACGCAAAAUUUCCGACAACUGUCCAGAAAGCGAAGAACCGAAAGAGACGGUCCCAUCCGUAGAGACCACUGAACUUCGGUUCAAGAGGUAUUUCUGUAGUGGAUCGAAAGUUCCAGAUGACCUGUGGGAAGAAAUCAUUGCGAAGUGCAAAGAACAAGCCGCUUUUGCAGAGGUUCUCUCUAAUAAGGUGAGCAUUAUAAGGUUUGCGCAUCUGAAAUUAGUUGUUUCCAGGUUUUCAACGACAAAGUCGUUACUUCGCAUACAAUCCGAUAUCAAUUCCAAACCAGUGUUCUGAAGAAUCUGAUUUCUGAACUCGAAAAAACAAGUCUAACUGUUCCUGACUCCUUGUUUGAUCGUUUGGGAACACUGAUGGGCUUGAAAGAAGAAGAGUUUGUGGAGAGAGUGAGAGAAAGAAAUAAAACAUGUGUAAAAAAACAAUUUCAGUUGUAUUUGGAUGAAAAAGGCGAUAGCAUUCUGGCCGUUUUCUCGGAAUCUGUCAACCAACUAUCAAUGGGAACGACUGGAUUGUCUGUCUGGCAGGCAUCCUGCGAUUUGGCCAAUUUGUUCAGGCUCAUUCCAUCGGACAGAUUCAAAAGGAUUGUUGAACUGGGAUCUGGUUGUGGAGUGAGUGGGAUCUCGAUCGCGAAAAGCCAUAAUUGUGGGGUCGUUCUCACUGAUUGCGAUGAUAACGUGCUGGAGUUGCUAGAGAAAAAUGCCUCUAGAAAUGGCUUGCUCAAUGAGUCGGAAGGUAGUUGAACAUGAAGAAAGCACGCUUGAAAUAUCGUCUUGUAGGUUCUUCUGAAAAACAAGGAAAAGUUCGUUGUCUCGAUUGGUGCGACUUCGACUUCACCGAAUGGAAAGAGCCCGCCGAUCUUAUUGUUGCCGCCGGUCAGUUAUUUCUUUCCCGAAGCUUUAGCCACGAACCCCUUUUCACUUAUCUCUGCACUUUCUCUGUGUCCCUCCUUUUUCUGCGUCUUUCUCACUCCUCUUUUUCAGACGUCGUCUACGACACUGCUCUCCUCGCUUCUCUCUGCAGCGUGCUCCGUCUCUUGCUCCGCCACUCAAAAGCAGCCAUAGUAGCGUGCACUCGUCGUAAUUUGGGCAGUCUUAGCUGCUUCGAGCAUCAUCUUAGUUUGUGUCAUCCUUCUGAUUCCCAUCAUGAUCUUGUUUCAGAGAGUGCCAAGCUAGAGAUUGUAGAAGAAAUAGUGUACGAAAACGGAGAAUACACUAUUGAUGGAGUUUGCUACUACUCGCAUAAUACCAUCUUUCCGUUUUAUUCGUCUCUCAAAACGCCAACCAUCUUUUAUAACAUUCAGCCUAAAUAAACGUUCUCAAGUUGUUUUUCUUCUCCAUUUCUUUUUUGUUCUGAUUUGGUUUCUGCCGAUACUUGUUAUCAAUGAUUUUUCUAAUUUGGCUCACUUAUUCGUUUUCCAGAUGGCUCCUACCCCUUCUACGCCUGUAACACGCGAUGAAAUAGAAGUGACAUUCGCUGCGAUGUGCACCGAGCAACGCCCCAAUCUUUUGAAGCUCACACAGCUUAAAAUGGUGCUCCGAGCUCUCGGAUACGAUCCCCGAAACACGACAGUUCAAGAAAUGACUCGCAAGAUCAAGGAAGGAAGGAGUAAACUGAUGGGAUGGCAUGGAGGCAAGUAAGAAAAUACGCUUGCGUAAAGAAAAUUCAAUUCAGAAAAAGACUACAUGGAUGUGGAUGAGCUCUGGAACGCUCUGCAAUCACAGGAUGAAGAGAUGCCAAGUGAGGACAAAGUCACUACUGAAAUGCGAUCGGCAUUCAAGCUUUUCGACCCAGAAAGCAAAGGAAUCAUCACUGUCGAAAACCUUAGAAUGGCAAGUCUUAGGGCUUGGCAUGUGAUAAAAAUAGAAGUGUUCAGGUCGCAAAAGAGUUGGGCGAAUCUCUGGGAGAUUCAGAAUUCGAGGAAAUGAUUCGUGAAGCUGGCGGCGACAGAAAGAGCGGAAUCAAUGAGCAACAAUUCUUUGAGAUUAUGAAGAAGACGUGCCUCUACUGA